AUGCAGGCAAGACCAAAUUUAAAAGUACCGCCCUACACCGACACCUACGUCGACGAAGGCCGACUCGACGAUGUGCCACCGACCCCAACGUCCCCAGCCCUCCCCCAGCACCAGCAGCAUGACCGACAAACCGAUAACCUCAGCGCCGACCUCUACGGGGGGCGGACGCCUGUAGCUACCCCAGACUCGAUCGCCUCCCGAGCACGCACCGCAAAGCAAUCCACCAGGCCGAGCUGGCACUGGAUCAAGCCCACACGGCACGACGUCGACCUGCACUACGCCCGCGGGGACUCGCACUACAACCAUGGCGACGACGUCGACACCGACUACCUCCGCGCCGACCUCUGCCAAAAGAAGGUCAACGACGUGCACGUGCACCUGUGGUGGGUAGGGCGCCAGGGCAACAUCCGCCCGCUGCACCACCAGAAGGCCAUGUUCCGCGAGAUUGUCGUCACGGAGCGGGCAUACCUGCACAUGGUGUGGUUCGAGAACAGCAUCUUCCUGAAGCCGCUGCCCGAGUACCUGCUCGACCGGGCGUGGUUCGAGAAGAAGAUCUGCCCGGACCCCGAGCUGUAUAAGCUGGCGUGUGGGUUUCUGUAUAGUUAUUCACGCCUCAUCGUGCACCGCAGCGACCACCGCAUCGCCAUAGAGGAGGGCCUGUUGCCAGAGUAUAUGGGCUGGGUGCAGUGGUGCCGGUUCUCGAAGGAGAUCCGCGAGGGCGUGGACUUCAGCAUGAUCAACAAGCGCUACCGCUACGGCGAGCUGCGGCUCAAGCGCCUCAACCACGUGUAUCGGUUCUGCAGGGGGCAGGUGCGGGGUUUCUACAGUCUUGACCGCGGGUACAACAGCUUCUUCACCCGGAAUUUCGGGUGGAUGGUGGGUCUGUUUGCGUUUUUGACGAUCAUCUUGACGGGGAUGCAGGUGGUGCUGGCGACGGGGCAGGGACAGGCGGCGGGCAAUGGGCUGUUUGAGGAGGUUAGCUAUGUGUUUGGGGUGGUGUCGAUUAUUAUUCCGGUGGUGGGGACGGGGACGGCGUUGGCGCUGUUUUUUGUGCUGUUUUGGUGGCAUUUUGUGAAGACGCUGAUGUAUAGGAAGAGUGUUCAGAAUAAGAGGAGGCAGAAGGAGGAGGACUUGGAGCUGGCGAGCUAG